UUUUUUAUGGAGAGUGUUUGGAGAAUGUUGGAUGUAGAGAGAGGGGCAAUAAAAUGUUGUCGUUUAAGACAAAUUUUAUUACAUGUGAGGGGUAUUCAACUAUUCGAGAACUAGCAUUAAAUCGACAUUAGGAGGAUUUAGAGGAGGAUUGUUCCCGAAAAGUGGAGAAAAAACAUUCUCCAAAAGAGUUUAGUAUCAAUGGUUUGUACAAUUCAGAGGUCGACGCGGACCAGUUUUGGCGAUUUUUCGGCAGAGGCGGCGUCAACCUCUGGUACACUUACAAUUAGAUUAGCGGAUUGGAUAGCGGAUUGGUUUGUGAAUAAACAAAAUCUAAUCUCGUACAUGUACUGAUUUAUUUGUCAUUAAACACAAAUCAUUAAUGCUCCUCACUAAUAUCUUUUUUCUCAGAAUUGAAUAAUUUGCACGUCAAAGAGUAGUUUUAUAAGUUUUUGUAACAUUAAAUUAACCAAAGAUCCCUCCGUCGGUUAUACCUAUACCCAUUCCAAACAAAAUGUAAAUCAAUUGACUUGAAGUAGGAUCAAGAGCUAUCAAUAAAUUGUAUUUUUUUAAAAUGUCCUCCCAAACCGUAGGAUAUCAAAUGCUAGUUACAAUUUUCACCUUCUACCUAUAUAUUCAGAAAUACAUCUAAAAUAGAAUUACAUAGAGUACACUUGGAAAAUAAGUGUAAAAUAAUAAUGCAAGAUAAUCUUAUCUUUUAGGUCACCAGUGUCAUCACGAUGGACAAUUUAAUGACGAAGCUCCUCUCUUACAUAUGUACAUACAUAUAAACGUCAAUACAUAAUCAAUGACAUUAUACUUGUCAACCCUUUUGUCGGAAUUGACAAUGUACCGUUCUUCCUUGUCUCUUGAAAUUGCUCUUCACUCCUCGACAUGCAGUCAUUUCUAUUGUUUUAUACUGACACGAAAUCUAAAAUUGGCAGUUACCCGAACUUUUUUUCUGCAGAAAUGUGUGAUGAUUAUUUGCAUAAUUGAUGCAAGAUCUUAACAUGACUUAAACAAUGGUUACUAUAAUAGUUUAGGAAACAAUGGGAAAUUCUAAAAUGGGAUGAUGAUAUAUGAAAAAGUGAACGAUUUUCUGCUCCUUGCAAAAAAAUAAACUUGAAUACAAAAGACAAAAGAGGAAGAAAAUUUCUCGCAAUUUUCAUCAAAUAUCCAACUGUCUGACUUGGGUUACGUUACGUAAAGAAAUCAAGUGGAACAUUGAACUUGUCAUUUUGGCGAACCGUAAAAAAAGUUUAUCUUUUUAUUUUACCAUGCCAAGAAAUCAGACGACGGGUAUUUAUUGUGGUUAGAGAGACAUCAUGAAAGUAAAGUAAAGUAAGUAACGAACCUCAUUUUUAUUGACAGUCACCUCACUUCUUUCUUACGACUGCACUGGUGGGUGGGAAUGAUUGAGUUCAUUAUUUAAUGUGCAACAUGAGAAAAAGAAGGCCCUCUUCUUAAGACAACAUAUUUAACAACGGUGCUUUCUUAUCUGUCUGUCAAAUUGGGGGCCAGAAAAAAAUAUCCUAUUUCUCAUUUCUCUCUGAUUAUGCGUUUAAGUGCUUGAUGGAUUUUAUGGACGGAACUCGGAAGGAAGGAAAAAGUAGGAACAAGUAUGUCGAGGAGAAAAAACUAGUGAAAAAAAGUUGGUAUUUAUUUCAAUUGGUGGAAUUGUAAUUACGAUGAGCGAUUAUUGACAUUUGUAGUGGUAAGAACAGUCCAGUUAUGUAUGUAUUUUUUGCGGGUAUUAGACAUUUUUGUUGGAUUGUAACCUUGAGUUUGACCUCAGACAUUGUUAUGAAACAGGGCAAAAAGAUGUUUGCUUAAACAUGAAACAAUUUAUGAUUGAUUGAAGUGGAAAAGAAAUAAAUAUAUGGAUUUUGCAUGGCAUGGAUAAACAUUGAUAUUUUUUGUCUUUUGCUUAUUUAAGACAAGCGAAAUAUUUGUCUUGUAUUUUAGAUUGAUUUGGUGUCAAUUAGUAUUCAAUAUUAUUUCGAGUUCUCCAGGUAUGUACGAUUUUCUGUACAAGUUACUUAUCGUACUUGGUUGGAUAAGCAAAACUAAAUUUUAAGAAGUAUUGCACUGGAACUAAGUCGAAAGUAUUAAAAAUAUCGAAAACUUGUCAAUUAAUUGCUAAAUAUGAUGAAAACCUCCCCAAUAAACCCCAUCCUUUUAGACGACUCUGAAAAUCACCCCCACAACCACCGUCUCGGAUUCAGUCGAUCAAACACGGACAUUUUAAUGUUUCAUUUCACCCGAAAUUCUCAAAAAUCAUCAGAUCAAUCCCCUUAUUUUUCACAACCUCAAGAUUUUUACUAUUCACACACCUCGAAAACACUGUCCUCCUCGUUAAAUGGGAACAUUCGAAAGGUAACAACUGACUGGACAAUUCACCCCAAAGGGGGCGACGAUCUUUACGCCGUGCUGCGAAUGCCCAUUAUAAUCGGGGCUUGUUUCGGUCUUAUCCCAAUCAGAGGACUUCGAGAGGAAUGUUUCCACCCGGACAAGCAAGUAUUUGGAUGGAAACACAUCCGAACUUUGAUCACGAUAAUUGUGACAUUUCUCAUCUUUUUGAACACGUUUUUCAUUACGCAUUCCUUUUUCAUUGGGAUCAUUUCAAAACAGAAUAACUCGGCUGGAUCACUCGUCCUUUCCUUCAGCGGGGUGUGGUUUUACACCGCCGGCACCUUGGUGUACGCCUUCUUCCUGCUGAGAUCGAAACGUCUCUGCGCCUACUUUGGACAUUGGGUCAAAGUGUCUGAACAAAUCUGCGACACGUUGCAACCAGACUGGAACAUUUGUCGAGAUGUGAAUCUCAUCUGCAUUCUCGUGCUUCUCGACUGCUUGGCUGAAAAUACCCUGUUUCAUUUUCACGCGAUGAGACCCCAACAACGCGGUCGCAUGGGUUCUCUAACAUUCGAAGAGGUUCUCCGCGACUACUAUAAUUCAAACCAGUAUAUUUUCCCCUUCUUCAACUACUCUCCGGCUGUCACUCUCGGUCUACUUUUCACGAAUAAGUUGGCCACGUAUGCGUGGAAUUUUGGCGACAUUUUUUUAAUGAUCUUUUCACGAGCCUUGUACGCCAGAUAUGCCAGUUUGAACAGUUUCAUUGAAAGCUUGAUGGUACCGGAUGGGAGUGUGUGUUUAAUUAAGAAGGGAACCGUGUCGUGGGCGAAUGUAAGGCGAAAUUUCUUGCUGAUCACGAAAUUGUUGGAGGAGGGAAACCAAUUGCUUUCUCCGUUGAUUUGGCUCUCGUACAUUACAGAUAUUUUCUUUGUGUGUCGACAGUUGUACGAAGGACUUGCCCCAUCAGCAAAUGAUCGCUACCCCAUCAACAAAGUUUACAUGGCGUGGUCACUUUUCCACUUAAUCAUUCGUACCAUCGGGGUCAACUGGAUGGCUGCAAAAAUCUGCGAGAGUGCUCACAAAAUCUCGAAAAUAUUGCAGCAUUGCUACCCCGAAGAAUAUGAUGAUGAUGUGCGUCGCUUGGAGAGAUAUUUGAGCACGAAAAUCAUUGGAAUCACGGGAAACGGGUGUUUCAUAAUUACACGAUCAUUCAUUUUAAUGGUGAUGAGCGCAAUAUUUACGUUGGAAGUGGUCCUUCUUCAGAACGCUAGUAUCAAGGUGGGAUGAAAAAUAUUUUUUUUGGAGGUAAAUAUCGAUUACGUUAUGUAAUACAAUUAAGAAAUAUGAAUAUGUGCAUAAGUAUAAUAAAUAUUGAAAAUCUAGAGCCCAU